CGGUAUUAGACUAGUGAUGCCUAACUGGAGCCAAAAUGGCAGCGUUGUUUUAUUUUCAAACAUCAUCUGUACUCGAGUGACUUAAUCAACCAGGCAUCUAAUCGUUUAUAACAUUUCCAUUAUCUUAAGAUAACAUUUCCAUUAUCUUCACAAGUACUUUCGUUUUGAGCAUGUUUGUUCCAUGUCGUCUUUAAGAGGACAGCGGGACUGUGAAUGACAAGAACCGGCCCGUUCAGUCUGGUGUUUUCCACCCCAUUCUCUAUUGGCGACAAUGAGAGAUCCCCUACAAUAGUUGUUGCAAAUGAAAAUGGAGGAUAUGUCUCUGUCAGGCCUGGAUAACACCAAGCUAGAGGCCUUGGCUCAUGACGUUUACUCUGACCUAGUGGAAGAUGCCUGUUUAGGGCUGUGCUUUGAGGUGCACAGGGCAGUCAAACAGGGCUAUUUCUUCCUGGACGACACGGACCAAGAAAGUAUGAAGGAUUUCGAAAUAGUGGACCAGCCAGGUGUAGACAUCUUCGGUCAGGUGUACAACCAGUGGAAGAAUAAGGAGUGCGUGUGUCCCAACUGCAGUCGGAGUAUCGCGGCCUCUCGCUUUGCUCCUCAUCUGGAGAAGUGUCUCGGGAUGGGCCGCAACAGUAGCCGAAUAGCCAACCGCAGAAUAGCCAGCAGCAACAACACAAGCAAGUCAGAAAGUGAUCAGGAAGACAAUGACGAUAUCAAUGACAACGACUGGUCCUAUGGUUCAGAAAAGAAAGCCAAGAAGAGAAAGUCAGAAAAGAAUCCAAACUCUCCCAGGAGAUCCAAAUCCCUAAAGCACAAGAAUGGAGAGCUUAGCAGUAGUGUAAAUCCAGACCUGUACAAGUAUAACUACAGCUCUGGCAUUAGUUAUGAGACUUUGGGACCCGAGGAGCUGCGAUCCAUACUGACCACGCAAUGUGGGGUUGUAUCAGAGCACACAAAGAAGAUGUGUACUCGGUCCCAGCGGUGUCCCCAGCACACGGACGAACAGAGGAGGGCAGUCAGGGUCUUCCUCCUUGGGCCGUCCGCAUCGACACUACCCAACUCUGAUUCAAUGCUGGAAAACGAUAGCUAUGAUGCCCCUGAUGGCCAGCUCAUCAUGUCCCGCCUCCAAUGGGACGGCUCCUCUGAUAUCUCACCAUCAGACUCUGCAUCUUCAAAAGCUAGCACCAAUAACUCUGAAUCUAAGAGACCUAAGAAAAAGAAGAAGCCCAGCACGCUGUCUAUGGCUUCUGCUGGAGGUGGAGGAGAGAGGGACAAAGGGCAGGAGCGAGAGAGAGGAGACAGAGAGAGGGUAGCAGGCGGCGGGAGCGGUAGCGGUAGCAGCAGCUCCCAGAAUGCACUGGGCUUGUCCAGUCGUAAAAAGCGACCAAAACUGCCAGUUCCUCCAGCCCCCAGCAUCUACGAUGAUCUGAACUAACGAAACUUGCACACACUUACACACAUAUUUUCUGAUCAGGCCUUAUAUGAUCUCUGGUUUUCACCAUUUCAAGGUACAUGAACGAGACAAGACAGACUCACUGUUGAAUGUGUGUGUAAGAGAAGAAAGGUAUGGGCGGCAUUUCAGGCAUUUGUUUCUUGGGCAUAUGAGAACAUUUGUUACGGCACAGUGUUGCACAGUGAAAAGUGAGUGUUUUGUGACUAAAUGUGAUUUUUGUAUGUGGAUGUGAGUUGGAGUGAGAAUUUAUUUAAUUUUUUUUCAUUUUGCUAUGCAGUUCACUGUCAUUGUUAUUGCAUAGUCUUGUCUAUAUGUAUACAUGAGAUUUAGGUUUACAGUGACACAUGAAAAUGUGCCAUGGUGUGCAUGAGUGAAUGGGUUGUUGCAAAUAUUUUGUUCCUGGUGGCUCAUGUAAUACAGUCGGUUAAUCUGUGCAAUGUCCUCUACUGGUUUUAAAGGGUGUCUUUUCAUCAUAUUGUCUUGCUAAUGUUACUGCAACCUGUUGAUCUCAGCUGCUUUCUGCUACUACUCAUACUCUCUUGACAAUGUCUUGCUAAAUAAUGGACUUGUAUAGUGCUACGAUAGCUUUCUGCCAAAUCUGUGGAUACACAAUCUUUAGCCUUUUGUGUUAAGAAUAAGUUAAUAUUCUUGUUUGUUGUCAUGGCUAAUUUUUCUUGUUUGAUACUACUCUAUUUAUUUAGUCUGCGCUGUGAAUGUUUGUCAUUUUUUAUAAUCAUGACUUUUUGAUCGAACAUGCAUUUUCUUGGAUUACAAAGUGUAAAUGGCCGAAGAGUUAGUGAUCUUAGAGCACUUACUAUGAUAUGUUAGAUGUCAGCUUGUUUUGUUUGAAAUAUGUUUGGGUAAAAUAAUAAUUAUUUUUUUUGUCAGAAAUGCAAAUAGUAAUUGAAGAUGCACUUAAAAUGGAUAAAAUCCAGCCCAUAUAGACGCCAUGUCUUUUUUGGUAAAGUUUUAUUUUUGUCACUGAGCUGUUUGUGAAUUUUGUUGCUUUAAGUUUAAAUAACCUGAGAGCUUUCUAUGACUGGGAAUGGAAAUGUCUGCAUGAUGGAGGGAAAAACAAAGCAUGGUACAACUUACACAGGAAAUGCCAUUGCUAUGGGUGGAUGUUUCUUCUGCUAUGCUGAGUUAUUGCUCUCUUUCUCUCAAUGGACUGUAGUAUCUCUGUAAUAGUCUAAAUAAAUGUCUCAGGUUUCACAA